UUGAGUUGAGCAACCCACGUCAUGCAGUCAAACUUCCGCACAGUGGAAGACACAGUCAGUUCUUUUACUCUUUGCCUCUUUGUCAGUUUAUUGAUCUGUUGUCUUCUGGGUACAUGGCAGGCACCAGAAUUACUAAUAUGCAGACCGCGGCCAAACAGCCAGGUUUGGUUCUCCCCCCACACGGAAAUGUGCCAAUGAGGAUCAAAACAACCAAUAGUAGUGGCGAAAGACUGAGCCAGACCAAGUCGAUGGUCAUCCCAGAACCUGAAACGCCUGGAAAACCAAUAUCUCGUCAUCGGCGGAAUCAGUCACAACAUAACAUUGGUGGUCCAGGAGGAGCCGAUCUGUCUGUUCCACUGCAGGGUGUGUAUCUGAACAAAGCCAAGAUCGCCGAGGGGGGCAAGAAACAGAGGAAGAACUGGACUUCUGCAUGGGUUGUCCUUGGCUCUGAUCACCUACUAUUUUACAAAGAAAGCAAACAGGAAACAGUGGUUAAUCUGAAACCUGGAAACCGACCAGAUGAAGUGGACCUCCGUGGCGCCAGUGUGGACUGGACCAAGGAUAAGUCCAGCCGCAAGCAUGUGAUUCAGAUAACUACCUAUGGUGGUGACGAGUACCUCCUUCAGUCUGAUGACUUCCCUACAAUAAGCAGAUGGCGUGAUGCUAUCAAACAGACAGCUGACAGAUCAAGCAGCGGGGCGGGAAGGCCGGUGGGCAAGCCGGGCCUCCACAGGUCCAACAGCACCGAGUACCCCUCCAGGCGAGCUUCAGAGGCCCCCGCAGUCAAAGAACCUAAACCAGAGCACCGGCGAUCCCUCAUGUUCUCAUCCGGAAAGCUGAAGCACAGCGCCUCAGACAGCGCUGACAAGAACGGCGUGAAGAACAGACUGAAGAAGUUCAUCUCGCGGCGGCCCUCCAUGAAGACGCUGCAGGAGAAGGGCCUCAUUAAAGAUCGAGUGUUUGGUUGCCACAUACUGACCCUGUGCAGUCGCGAGGGAACUACAGUGCCAAACUUCAUCAGGCUAUGUGUACAGGAAGUAGAAAGACGGGGUCUGCAAAGUGAUGGCAUAUACAGAGUGAGUGGUAACUUGGCCACAAUCCAGAAGUUAAGAUUCAUGGUUGACCAAGAAGAGGCGCUGAACUUGGGUGACAGCCAGUGGGAAGAUAUCCAUGUCAUCACCGGGGCACUCAAGAUGUUUUUCCGCGAAUUGCCCGAGCCCUUGUUCCCUUUCCGCUUCUUUGAGCAGUUCGUCGAGUCUAUAAAAAUAAAGGAUUCCAAACAGAAGGUCCAGGUUGUGAAGAAACUGGUCCAUCAGCUGCCCAAGCCCAACCACAACACCAUGAAGCUCUUAUUCCGACAUCUGCAAAAAAUUCUCUGUCAUUCCACGAAGAACCUCAUGUCAACACAAGGCAUCAGUAUUGUGUUCGGGCCAACUCUUAUGUGGCCAGAGAAUGACUCAGGAAACAUGGCAGUCAACAUGGCGUACCAAAAUCAGAUUAUUGAGUACAUUCUGAUUGAGAGCCGUGAAAUCUUUGGAACAGAUGAUGUUUAAGAAAUGUACAGGACGGCUAAAUAUGAGUAUAUGAUAUUAUUUUUUCUAAACAAAUGCAUAUGGUAAUACUGGUAUGAACAUUGGCCAGACACCGUAUGAGAAAGGAGGCCACCCAGUGUAUCUCCUGGUAACUGAGGUACUUGUAACUGCCUAGGAGGAUGCAAAGUAGGCAUUGUAUAUAUUUUUUAUGUACAUAUGUGUUUGAAAGAGGAUAUUUUCGGAGAAUAUUUCCACUGGUUUCUGACAUGCAGUAAUUUGCUAUGAUAAAUAUUCAAACAUUUAAUUUUAAUGUCCGCACAAUGUCCGUGAGAUGUAGGAAGGCCUCACUGUUUCAUAGUCUGAUACAGAUUUAUCUGGUACUGAAAUAUAAUUUAAAAAUCUCAUUUAUUUUUUUUUGUUUUUCAUCAUUGUAUCUUCAGAUACAGUAUGUGACUGUGAUUUGCAUCCUUAACAUUUACACUUCUGUAUUGCGCACAUGUAUUUUUAUACUGUAAAAGUACUCCAAUAAAUUCAGGAAUGGACUGUG